AUGGCUAGAGAACUCCAGGAGCUCAGGAGUCGCAGAGAUUGGGAUGGAAGCCAUCACCAUGAUUCCGGGACGGAUACCGGUCCCGUGGGAUCUGCCUCCUCGGACGACCAUACUGUCGCCGAGGAUGGCGAGGACGACUUCUACUUCACCGCGUCCGUCGUCUCGCUCGGCGAGGUCUUUAUCGAGCCGCAGAUGGCAGUCGACCUGUUCAAAACUUUCACUCGAUUAUUCCGUCCACAAUUGCCCAUCUUGGGCCCCCUGGCCAUGGACAGGAUGUACGAGUCGUAUCCGUUUCUGUUCUGGACAAUCGUCAUCGUCGUCCUGGACCACUCGCCCCUCCCGGACCACAUCCAGAUUGCCCGGCAGCUCAGACCUCCGUACACGAGGCUCCUCCAGCAGCAGCUCCUCGAGCCGCCGCUGCCGCUGCACAAGGUCCAGGCCCUGAUCCUGGUGAUAGAGUGGCCCCUGGCGGUGCGCAGCCAGACCCACGACCCCAGCUACGUCUACUGCGGCGUGGCCGUGCAGGCCGCUCGCCUGAUGGGCCUCGAUCGGCAGCAUAUGCUGCCGCCGCUGCGGGGACCGGCGGGGACCCUGCAGUCGCGCAUCAACGCGUGGCUCGGUUGCUUCUACGUGACUACAGCACUGAGCAUGCACAUGGGUCUCCCGACGCUCAUCGAAUCCGAGCUGGACCACUCCGUCAUCCAGGACUACCUACGCCAGAGCACGAUGCCGCCGGCCUUCACCACGCGCGUGCGCGUGCAGCUCACGGUCUCCAGGUUCAUCACGCUGCUCAACCGCGACCUGGGCGACCCGACGGCGCUGUCGCUGAUCCGGCUCCUGGACUCGGAGCUGACGGCGCUGAGGCCCGAGGGCCUGGAGGGCGAGGCGCAGGCCAGACAGGUCGAGUUCAGCGUGCUCAACGCCAAGAUGCACCUGUACACGCUCUUCAUCGCCAAGACGCCCUGCGACUCGCUGUCGCGCCAGGUCAUGAUCCGGACCACCUUCUCGGUGGCCCUGCGCAUCAUCAACAUCGCCACGUCCGGGUGGCACGACCGCCCCGACGCCAAGCAAGACGAAGCCUUCGUGCAGAGGCAGCGCAGCUUCCCCAAGAACCGCUACCGCGGCCUCUCCCUCGCCACCGUCUUCCUCCUCAAGUUCUUCCACAACAGCCCCUCGGCCUCCGAGGAGGAGAGGCAGCUGGCCGCCAACCACGUAUGCCUGGCCCAGGAGCAGUUCAAGACGUGCUCCAUCGGCCCGGAGGACGAGUACGCCCGCAUGUCCACCCUGUUCGAGGCCUCGGCCCGCCUGAAGCCCGAGCAGAAGGACCCCAACAAGCUACGGCUCACACACCGCAUGGGCAUCUCCAUCCUUCUCGACACCGUGACGAAUGUCGACGAGGUCCACGGACGCCCCGCCGUGGUGCCCGACGAUGGCGCACCGGAGCCGACAACGGCCGGGAUGGCUGCUACUGCUACUGUCGAUGCCACGACCACGGCCACGACCACGGCCACGACCACGGCAACGAUGGAGUCAUCCAGCGACCCCAUGCACGACGCAUAUCGUCAGCAGUAUCCCGAAGAAUACGAUGCUUUUGGCUUCGGCCCGGCCAUGAUGAGGGAGCUGUGGAACGACCCUAUCCUCAGCAUGAUCGACUUUGAUCAGCAGUUCUACACCAUGGAGUACUGA